AUGGAGGAGGUGCACCCGAAGAUUUCCAUCAAUCCUCUCUUAGAAAAAAUGAGAAAGCUGCAGGAGCAGCGUGCGAAGGCUAGCGCGGAGGUUGUGGUCAAUAAAGAUUCUAUCCAUUCCUCCGUGUGUGCGGUUAGCGUGGGCUCACAGAGUAGUAAAUCCAACACAUCGGGUUCACUAGCGGUCCCCCGAUUGGACCCCACCACGAGGGUUGCUUCUUCGUCUUCCGUAUCGACGAAGCCUAGCGAGGUCGGCAAGAACGAUCCGGAUAGCAUUUUGAAAAGUGCGCCGCCGAGCUUUUAUUCCCCCGUGCACGCGGUUCUUUGCUACCGUGAUCGUCAAGGGGAUCCGCUCUGCGGGUCCUUCACCUCCCUCACGGUGGUGGAUAUUCUGAAGAAAAUGCUCCUCGGCGAGGGCGAAGGCGAUAGCGCGAUCGGCGUGAAGCGGGGCCGCGAGGAGGCGGAGGAGCAUGGCCACGAUGAGGACGCCGCCGCCCAUCCCUCCGAGGAUCUGGGGAUCGCGAAAAAACACAAACCCGACGCCGCCGCGAUGGAUUUCUACUUCAACCUGAUGAAAAGCCAGCGACGGGCGUGGGAUCGCUACGCUCGUCAGGACGAUCACGAGACCAGCGAGCGGGGCGGGGAGGCCGCUCAAGGCAGCCUUUACGACCACGCGGAGUACCGCCGGUUGUGUGAGCACGCCCGGAUCGAUGUUUUUGGGAAAGAACGCCCGCCUUGCCGGGAUGUGAACCAUUACGUUCGGCGGGAUCGCAUCGCGCAUGGCGUGUACGGCGUCGUUUUCAGCGCCGUCGAGGCGGCGCCGUUGCCCGCGCUCGUAUCCCUGCCAGCGACCCCCGGCGCGUCGCCGCAGCGGCCGGCUUCCGAUGCCCCCAAAACCCCUUCACCACCCAAGCUGUUCGCCCUCAAACACAUCAAAAAACAGUGGCUGGAGGAGUCCCAGGUCGGGUUUCCGCCGUAUCUGAUGCGCGAAUUCGAUCUCCUGCUUCGCAUCCAACAUCCGAAUAUCGUGCAGACGCGCGAGAUCGUCCAGUUGGAUCCGCUUCCCCAACCUGGUGCGGCUCCCCCUUCCACCACCGCCGCCGAGGACGCACGAAAGGCGGAGAAAAGCCGAGGAGACGGUUGCAGCGCCGGCGUGGGCGCCUCAACGUUGGUAGCUGGCCCUUUAAAAAAAAUCCGAAGCGCCAAGGAUGUCUUUCUCGUGAUGGAGUGCUGCCCAUUGGAUCUAAAGAACUACAUGCUGCGCUACUCCCGGCGCACCCACACCCCUUAUCUUCAUAUCAGCUCACGCCACCCCCACCCGGACGCCCGGCGGAUCUUUCUCUCCCGCGUGAAAUGCAUCAUGCUGCAGUUGUUCAACGGGUUGAGUUUUCUCCACGCCCAUCGCAUCCUGCAUCGCGACCUGAAGCUUUCCAACGUCCUUCUUGACGAGCACGGCUACGCGAAGCUGUGCGAUUUCGGCCUCGGCCGUUACUACCACGAAGGGCAGAGCCUCACGCCGACGGUGGUGACGUUGAUGUAUCGCGCCCCGGAGCUCCACCUCGGCGUCGUUGACUACUCGCACAAGAUGGAUGUGUGGUCGAUGGGCUGCGUAAUGGCGGAGCUCUUUUUGAAACAACCCAUCUUCGCGGCGAACCGCGAAAGCGAUCACCUGCUCGCGAUCUGCGACGUGCUCGGGAUCCCCACCGAGGAGACCUUCCCGGGGUUGUAUAAACUGCCGAACGCGAAGGAGGCGCUUCGCGGGAUCGGCCGAUGGAAUCGCGAGAAUAAACUGCCGGAGGUGUUUCAAAAGAGCUCCUGCGUGGACGCCUCGGCGCUCCCGCCGAGUGGGUUGGAGCUGCUGCAGUCGAUUUUCAGCUGGUGCCCGGCGCGGCGGCCCUCCGCGGCGGAGGUCGCCCAACACGCGUUUUUCCGCGAGGAUCCGCUCCCCUGCAUGCCGGCGGAGUUGCUCCUUCCGAUGCCCUCCCAAGCAACCCCAAUGGACGGCAACGAACCCAAUGGGAGCGCGCCGGAAGAGCAGAAAAUGUUUCAUCGGCAUGACGGCCUGGAGGGGGGUGAGAAGCCACGCGGAUCGACGUCGUCGGUGCCACCGCCUCUUCUGCAGCACCCGGCCUCUGCGAACAACGGAUUCACGACAAGCAUGGCCACCGCCUCCUCGAAGGAUGCGUUGCAUUCGCUCGAAAGCCGAAGCGGGGAUCGAGGGACUGACGACGAGUCGGACGAGGAUCUACGGCAGGGAACUCAUGCAAGGGCAGACAAUCCUCUCUUAGAUCAGGAUAACUCCUGCCUGGAUGAGGCGAGUGCCUCGUUUGAGGUGCCCUCCUUGUCUCCUGCGAUGGGCGAGAAGCGCGGGAAGAGGCAUCGGCAAUACAGCAACCGCGUUGAAUCCGGCGAGAGUUCGGUGGAGCGUGGGGGCAAACACGUGACACUUGAAAUCCAACUACGAGCCAAUCAAGAUAUUGGUGAUUAG